AUGCAGUUGCUCUUGGUGACGUUUCUCUUCGUUUGUGCCUCUGCUGAGCUGCGUGUCUCGAAGCGGAGCACGUUCACUGGACAGGAGAGUAGCCACCCUGUGCCCCAUCCGGCAGAUGGAUCUAGUGCCAGACAUCUGCAGGACUGUGAGGUGAUUGGCUGGGUCGAACUUUGCGAACGGAAGAAGUUGACGGCCGGGGCGUGCUUUCAACUCGAGCCCACAACGGCAGCUCCACCCUGCGAGCUGCAAGGGCCCCAUGGGGCACCGGCGCAGCUGCGGCCAGCGACUGCCGGGAUUUUGACCUUGACCUCCGGGGAGCUACGCAUCACCGGGCAAAUUCAGAUGACGUCGCUCCGCCUGGCAGCCAAGACUGUGAACUUUGCAGAUGCUCACGUGGAAGCGUGGCAUGAAGGUCCAUCGGAUCCAAAUGCUACCGCGCUUGGCGGCGCCUUUUUCAGCAUGGGGUCAUUCACUUUGACCAGGUCCCGACUGACUGUGAGAGGCUCUGCAGCGGCAGCUGGUGGUGGUGGCUUCGCAGCGGGCGGAGACCUGAGUGUGUUCCAAGACUCUGAAGUCGUGAUCGAGAACGUUUCAGCAAAGUCUGGUGCUGGCUUCGUUGUCAUGGGAGAUGCUUACGUUUUUGACAACUCAAUGAUCUUCAUUCAGAAUGCGAGAUCCACCGGAUACGGAGGUGGCUUCUUAACCAGAAAACGUUUGCGAGUGGCACACAGCUCAGCUGUCAGCCUUCAGAACGUGAUUGCGCAGAAGCAUGGAGGAGGUUUCUUGGUCAUGGGAGAGGUUGAGAUAGCUGGGAAUUCGACAGUCAAGAUUUCCAACAGCCGUGCUGAAUCAGGAGAUGGAGGAGGUUUGUACACUUGGAAGGGCUUGAAGGUCUCCAACGGCUCAAGGCUCGUCAUUCGGAAUGCGGCUGCUGGGAAUUCUGGAGGAGGAUUCUUUGCCAGAGGCAACACUACCAUCAGAAGGUCCACCGUCAACAUUCAAAAUGCCACGGGCCAGGAGAAUGGUGGAGGAUUUUGUGCAUCUGAUGAGGUUGUCAUCGAUGAGAUGUCAAGCGUCAGCAUUUCCACUUCAAGAUCGAGAUUUGGCGGAGGCCUCCAUACGGACGAGCGCUUGCAGGUGACCAGCGGCUCAGCUGUCAGCCUUCAGAACGUGAUUGCGCAGGAGUAUGGAGGAGGUUUCAAUGCCCUUGGAGGGGUUGAGAUAGCUGGGAAUUCGACAGUCAAGAUUUCCAACAGUCGAGCUGAAGCCAAAAAUGGAGGAGGUUUUAACACUGAAAAGGGCUUGAAGGUGUCCAACGGCUCAAGACUCAUCAUUCGGAAUGCGGCUGCUGGGAAAUAUGGAGGAGGAUUCUAUGCCAGAGGCAAGACUACCAUCAGCAGGUCCACCAUCAGCAUUCAAAAUGCCACGGCCAAGCAGAAUGGUGGAGGAUUUUGUGCAUCUGAUGAGGUUGUCAUCGAUGAGAUGUCAAGCGUCAGCAUUUCCACUUCAAGAUCGAGAUUUGGCGGAGGCCUCCAUACGGACGAGCGCUUGCAGGUGACCAGCGGCUCAGCUGUCAGCCUUCAGAACGUGAUUGCGCAGGAGUAUGGAGGAGGUUUCAAUGCCCUUGGAGAUGUUGAGAUUGCUGGAAAUUCGACAGUCAAGAUUUCCAACAGUCGAGCUGAAGCAAAAAAUGGAGGAGGUUUUGACACUGAAAAGGCCUUGAAGGUGUCCACGGGCUCAAGGCUUAUCAUUCGGAAUGCGACAGCCGGAAAUGAUGGAGGAGGAUUCUAUGCCAGAGGCAAGACUACCAUCAGAAGGUCCACCGUCAGCAUUCAAAAUGCCACGGCCCAGGAGUUUGGUGGAGGAUUUCAUGCAUUUGAUGAGGUUGUCAUCGAUGAGAUGUCAAGUGUCAGCAUUUCCACUUCAAGAUCGAGAUUUGGCGGAGGCUUCCAUUUGGAGAGACGCUUGCAGGUGACCAGCGGCUCAGCUGUCAGCCUUCAGAACGUGAUUGCGCAGGAGUAUGGAGGAGGUUUCAAUGCCAUUGGAGAGGUUGAGAUAGCUGGGAAUUCGACAGUCAAGAUUUCCAACAGUCGAGCUGAAGCCAAAAGUGGAGGAGGUUUUAACACUGAAAAGGGCUUGAAGGUGUCCAACGGCUCAAGGCUCGUCAUUCGGAAUGCGAAUGCUGGGAAAUAUGGAGGAGGAUUCUAUGCCAGAGGCAAGACCAGCAUCAGAAGGUCCGCAGUCACCAUUCAAAAGGCCACGGCCCAGCAGAUUGGUGGAGGGUUUUGUGCAGCUGAUGAAGUUGUCAUCGAUGAGAUGUCAAGCUUCAGCAUUUCCAGCUCAAGAUCGAGAUUUGGCGGAGGCUUCCAUACGGAGCGCUUGCAGGUGACCAACAGCUCAGCUGUCAGCCUUCAGAAUGUGAUUGCGCAGGAGCAGGGAGGAGGUUUCUUGGUCCUUGGAGAGGUUGAGAUAGCUGGGAAUUCGACAGUCAAGAUUUCCAACAGCCGUGCUGAAUCAGGAGAUGGAGGAGGUUUUGCCACUGAAAAGGGCUUGAAGGUGUCCAACGGCUCAAGACUCAUCAUUCGGAAUGCGGCUGCUGGGAAAUAUGGCGGAGGAUUCUACGCCACAGGCAAGACUACCAUCAGCAGGUCCACCGUCAGCAUUCAAAAUGCCACGGGCCAGGAGAAUGGUGGAGGGUUUUAUGCAUUUGAUGAGGUUGUCAUCGAUGAGAUGUCAAGCGUCAGCAUUUCCAGCUCAAGAUCGGGAGACCAGGGCGGAGGCUUCCAUGCGGACAAGCGCUUGCAGGUGACCAACAGCUCAGCUGUCAGCCUUCAGAACGUGAUUGCGCACAGGUUUGGAGGAGGUUUCGAUGCCCUUGGAGAGGUUGAGAUUGCUGGAAAUUCGACAGUCAAGAUUUCCAACAGUCGAGCUGAAGCAAAAAAUGGAGGAGGUUUUAACACUGAAAAGGGCUUGAAGGUGUCCACGGGCUCAAGGCUUAUCAUUCGGAAUGCGACAGCCGGAAAUCAUGGAGGAGGAUUCUACGCCAAAGGCAAGACUACCAUCAGCAGGUCCACCGUCAGCAUUCAAAAUGCCACGGGCCAGGAGAAUGGUGGAGGGUUUUGUGCAUUUGAUGAGGUUGUCAUCGAUGAGAUAUCAAGCGUCAGCAUUUCCAGCUCAAGAUCGAGAUUUGGCGGAGGCUUCCAUGCGGACAAGCGCUUGCAGGUGACCAACAGCUCAGCUGUCAGCCUUCAGAACGUGAUUGCGCACAGGUUUGGAGGAGGUUUCCAUGCCCUUGGAGAGGUUGAGAUAGCUGGAAAUUCGACGGUCAAGAUUUCCAACAGUCGAGCUGAAGCAAAAAAUGGAGGAGGUUUUAACACUGAAAAGGGCUUGAAGGUGUCCAACGGCUCAAGACUCAUCAUUCGGAAUGCGGCUGCUGGGAAAUAUGGAGGAGGAUUCUAUGCCAGAGGCAAGACUACCAUCAGAAGGUCCGCAGUCACCAUUCAAAAGGCCACGGCCCAGCAGACUGGUGGAGGGUUUUGUGCAGCUGAUGAAGUUGUCAUCGAUGAGAUGUCAAGCGUCAGCAUUUCCAGCUCAAGAUCGAGAUUUGGCGGAGGCUUCCAUACGGAGCGCUUGCAGGUGACCAACAGCUCAGCUGUCAGCCUUCAGAACGUGAUUGCGCAGAAGCAGGGAGGAGGUUUCUUGGUCCUUGGAGAGGUUGAGAUAGCUGGGAAUUCGACAGUCAAGAUUUCCAACAGCCGUGCUGAAUCAGGAGAUGGAGGAGGUUUUGCCACUGAAAAGGGCUUGAAGGUGUCCAACGGCUCAAGACUCAUCAUUCGGAAUGCGGCUGCUGGGAAAUAUGGAGGAGGAUUCUACGCCACAGGCAAGACUACCAUCAGCAGCGGUACGGUGGAGGGUUCAGUGCUGAAGGAGUCGCAAGUAGGAGGUCGUGCAGAUGGUCAAGUGCUUCUUUCAUCUGAAUCCAACUUGGUGGUGAAGGAUGCCCAAGGUCUCGACAAUUCCAGUGUGCUGACUGCAGCUUGCCUCCAUUUGCAUGAUCGAUCACACAUUCUCUUUGAAGAUGCCGUUGGCGGCCAUGGGGUGGAGCUGCAAAAUAGUGGAUGCUCUGACGUUUGCUCAAACACCACCUUCCAUGUUGCAACGGAUGCAGCCCUCAACGCCAGUGGUCGCUUGAGCUCCGGUUUUCUCUCCCUUGCAUCCUGCCCGAAUGAGAAGGUACGUCUGUCAGGCAUCCACCUGCACUCCUGGUCCAGCGCGUUGCUCAGCACCCGGCCCAGUUCCGUGAUAAUCGGCCAAGUGACUAUCGACUAUGAACCACCUAUCGACAAUUUGCAGGUCCUGGCUGCCAAGGACGGGCUCAAGGUGUCAGCAGGCGACAGUGUGGGACGACGGCUUCUUCAAGCUGCGAGAGAUUUUGGAUGUUCGGAUUUUGACUAA